AUGGCCUCGUCCCUGACCGGCAGCUCCUUCUCCCACGAGCGCCGCGGAGGCGGGCAAGGCGGCGGCGGCGCCAACGAGCCCUUGCUGAUGCUCCUGCGGAGCGGCCUGCCCGUCCCGCCUCUGCCUCGGCCGCUGCCCCGACCCCAGCCGGUCCUGGCCUCGCCCUUCCUGGCUAAACGGGACUCGCCGCGGCGGCGCACCCCGGAGCGAGCCUCGCCCAAGAAGGAAAGCCCCGACGGAGCUCCGGACUCGUCCCAGCAGCGCCCGCCCAACUACUGCUUCACGGCCGAGGAGCUCCACGCGGUCCUCUACGGAGCCGGCGCCGGCGCCAGGCAGCCGCUCGCCCUGUCAGGAGCCGGACCGCCUUCUGGCAAUCCCGGAGCUGUGGACAGUCACUCCCUGAUGCUGGACAAAUCUGCUUUGCAACUCCCAGAAGGGCUCACGGUGUUGCAGACGAGGUACCUGGACGGACUGCAACUGGGCGUUUUCUGUACCAAGACCAUCGCGAGGGGGGCUCGGUUCGGCCCUUUCAAGGGCAAAGUGGUCAACACCAGCGAGAUCAAGACCUACGACGACAAUUCCUUGAUGUGGGAGAUCUUCGAGGAUGGCCGCCUGAGCCACUUCAUCGACGGCAGAGGCUCCUCCGGCAACUGGAUGUCCCUGGUGAACUGCGCCCGCUUCCCGGAGGAGCAGAACUUGAUCGCCAUCCAGUGUCAGGACAAGAUCUACUACGAGAGCUGCAAAGAGAUCCCGCCGGGCCAAGAGCUGCUCGUCUGGUACGGGGACGGCUACCUCCAAUUCCUGGGCAUCCCCAUCAGCCUGAAGGGGACGCCGGAAGCCAAGCGCGCCCAGCAGCACAGCGAAGAGUCUGUGGAGGGCUAUAAAUGUGAGCGGUGUGGGAAGGUGUUCGCCUACAAAUACUACCAGGAUAAACAUCUGAAGUACACACGCUGUGUGGACAAAGGGGACAGGAAAUUCCCAUGUCAACUUUGCAGUCGAUCGUUUGAGAAAAGAGACCGCCUGAGGAUUCACGUUCUCCAUGUCCAUGAGAAGCACAGGCCACAUAAAUGUGGUAUAUGUGGUAAAAGCUUCUCUCAGUCCUCCAGUCUAAACAAGCACAUGAGAGUACAUUCCGGGGAGCGGCCGUAUAAAUGUGUUUACUGCAACAAGGCAUUUACUGCCUCCAGCAUCCUGCGUACUCACAUCCGACAACAUUCAGGAGAGAAGCCCUUCAAAUGUAAACAUUGUGGCAAAGCAUUUGCUUCCCAUGCUGCUCAUGACAGUCAUGUCCGCCGCACACACUGUGUUAAAGAUAAAGGCCGCAACUGUACCUUGUGUGGCAAAGUAUUUCUAGAGCAAGAAGAUUUGUGCUUCCACAUGAAGUUCCAUGCAGCUUUGUAGACAGCAAACUAAUGGUUACAUCCUUAACAACUCUCUUGUCAUUUUAUGGCAUUAUAAUUUUACAAAGAUUUUAAAGUAGUGCUGACUGUCUAAUCACCUUGAGAUUCUCAGGGUACUGACUCUUAUCAGAAGAAGUUGGCAAAGGACUGUAGACCAGUUCUGAGACAUGAAAGACUUUGUCCUGAGUACACCAAAAUAAAAAUGUAACUCUUGGCACUAAUCUCUCCAAUGACAAUACAUGGUCUUUGGCAUCAGGUGUUCAUGACUACUUCAGGAGAAAAUGCCACCCAAGGGACGGAAUAGCAUGGUAGGUGCUGUGGGAGACUUCUUAAGGAGGAGAACUAAGCAGAAAUCACAGACACCCUGCUAGCGAUAGCAUCUGCUGGCUCUUUGUCUCUUCCAUAAAGAGAAACAAUCUGUUCGUGAUUAGAAGAGUGUCUGGAACCAAGUGUUUUAUGUUCUAUAUUUGGAGCUGGUUUCCACAAAUUUUUGAUUUUAUGGUCAUUGUUAUUAAUGCUGCUUUAAGAUAAAUGAAGACUACAAGCCAUUACCACCCCUCAUAUUCUGUUUUACGCAGUUAAUGUGAAAGCAGCUGUAAAAUAAACUUGUACUGUA